GGGGCCACCCGCAGAACGUGGAUAUCCCGCAAAAAACUCUGCUCCAGCGCCAUGAUUCCUCUACCACAGAAGCUGGGGCCCCAGUCCCUGCCAGGUCUAUAAGAACGACCGCCUGCCGCGCCCCGGGUUGCGUCUGAGAGUUCCCCUGCAAGCCUCCAAACACUGCCAGCCAUGUCAGACACACACAAGCAGCAAGUCCAGACAGUCGAGGGCUUAGCCCCAGCUGUUCAGACCGCUUCUACUGCUCAACAGCUCCUCAGCGCCAUGGACCCAGCCCACCGAGCUUCUGUCGAAAAGUCUCUCAUCAGGAAACUCGACACGCGGUGUUCUAUCUUUGUUCUUAUUUAUAUCCUAAAUUAUCUUGAUCGCAAUGCGAUUGCCAGUGCUCGAUUGAAAGGCCUGGAAGCAGACCUCAAUCUCGAUUACAACCAAUAUGCCACGUGUCUUUCUAUUCUUUACGUUGGCUACAUUUUGAUGCAAGUCCCAUCAAAUAUGAUAGUCAACAAGAUUGCGAGACCUUCCCUCUACAUCGCCGCGGCCAUGCUGUUCUGGGGACUGAUCUCGACACUGAGUGGCGUCGUGCACAACUUUGCCGGCAUGGUGACGGUCCGCUUCUUCCUCGGGUUUGUCGAAGCGGGGUUUCUCCCGGGAGCUCUUCUCAUCCAGAGCAAGUGGUACACUAGGCGCGAGCUCACCCUCCGCAACGCCAUAUUGUUUUGCGGCAACAUCAUCUCGAAUGCCUUCUCUGCACUUGUAGCCGCUGGCGUCCUCUCCGACAUGCAGGGUGUACUUGGCUGGGCCGCCUGGCGGUGGCUCUUCUGGAUUGAGGGAGCGAUAACGAUGGCGGUUGCCAUCGCGGCGGCCUUUCUCCUUCCAGACCUGCCGCAUAACUCGCGUGGUUUCACUGCGGAGGAGCUUGCCGUCGCGCAGCUGCGUAUGAUCGAGGAUGUUGGCGAAGCCGAUGUCGACGAGGAAGGCCAGAACGCGUUCACCGGCCUCAAGAUGGCGCUCACCGACGUCAAGGCAUACGUUAUGGCCUUGACUCUUACCGCUUAUGUCAUUGGCCUUUCCUUCAACGCAUUCUUCCCCACCCUUACGAAGACCCUUGGCUUCGAUUACGUGCCGACGCUCCUUAUGUCUGCGCCUCCGUGGUUCUUCGCCUGCAUUGUUUGCCUGAUCAACGCUAUCCACGCAGACCGGACGCAGGAGAAGUUCUGGCACAUUGUAGGCCCCAUUCUAGGUGGAAUUGUGGGCUUCGUCAUCAGUAUGUCGACACUCAACGUCGCCGCGCGCUACAUUGCCCUAUUCCUGCAAGCCAGCGCCUACGCCGGCUUCAUCGUCUUCUAUUCGUGGAUUUCUUCCUCGUUUCCUCGCCCGCCAGCCAAGCGUGCUGUGGCCAUCGCCUUCAUAAAUGCAUUCUCUCAGCUGGGCAACGUAGCUGGUUCGUACGUCUGGAACCUCAAUGGCGAUGGUUACUACCGCGGCUCAUAUGGCAUCGUCACUGCCAUGUUCGGUCUCACCAUUGUGGGCUGCUUCGCCUUCCGCUACAUGCUGAAGAACCUCAACAACGAGCUGGAGCAUCUAGAGACAGCAGGCCUAGAGGCGAACAAGUCUCAGGAGGAUAUGGCCGGCACUGUGCCGGCUUCAGCACCCGACGUCGUCUCCUCUACGGGUGUUGAGAUUCAUGACCAUCCCAACGAGGCUCUCCGCAUGGCGAAGGGCUUCAGGUACCUUGUAUAGGAGAUACUUCGUAGUGCGUAGACGUAUGGAUCCCGUGCAUAGGCACUCUGAAUGGACGGAGCUUUGCAGCUCUGAUUGAAUGAUGCAUGAAACAACCACCGCUUGGGUUUGCGAAAGAUUUCAGGUGGAGAGCAUUGGAACAAUAUCCUGGCGUAAAUACAUACGGCAGAUAAAAUCAAAGGCAUGUAAAGCCAUUGCAGAGCCCGAAUGAACGGAAAGGUCCACGUGGGCGAUGCAAAUUGAUACUGAAAA